UGAAAAUCAAGCAACACUAGAUGGGUUGAGUUCAGUGCUUUGCAUGGGCUGAGUGAGAGUUAACGAAAAGCGAAUUAGGCAGCGAAUCAAACAAAGACACAGAAACUCAAAAAGCAAAUCGCCAUGGAAGACUUGAGCAAGAAGCCUCAAAGAGAUUAAAAGCCUCCUCUGACCCUCGUCAUCCAUGUCUGUCAUGUAUGACAUAUUAAUACAAGCAAGCACCAACCACCAUGCACACACGCAAAGAUAAAAAGCCAGCAAUCAUCACAUCCAAAAGCCCCCUCACCUCUUCUUCAACCUCAUCUCCCUCUUUCGUUUCCAGCACCCAAAAACAGAGCAGCAGCUCACAGAGCAAACAGAGCUUUCUUGCUAAGCCAUGAGAGUACCCGUUUCCUCUCCACAAACCAACCCAAAACUUGAAUCUUGCAACAACAACACAAACACAAACACCAACCAAACCAACCGAGGCCUCAAUUUUCCUGCCAAUCUCAAUAUCCAAAACUUGUGCUACGAACCCACGUCGGUUCUUGACCUGUGCCACAGCCCCAGCCCGGUGGCAGAGCAAAAACCAGCAAAAAUUUCAGCGGUUUCAGACGUCCUGUCUCACUCAAAUCACCAUGACCCUCUUGAGUGGGACGAGCAGGCCCUGCACAAUCUGGACUGGGACUCGAUCAUGAGAGACUUGGGCCUGCACGACGACUCUGUUCCCAACUUGAAGACUUCAAUUCCGCAAUUGAACUCCACCGACUCACAAAUUUCUCAUCUUUCCGACUACCCACAUCCCCAGCCGUUCGACCCGACCCAGCUGGUCCACUCCGAUUUCAACAUCAAUCUCUCCGAAGUAUACUCCACCCAGAAUUUCACUAACGCCACCCACAAUUUUUACGACCAUCAGCCGGGAAAUUGGAACGUCGGGUUUGAUUUCAUUGAGGAAUUAAUCCGCGCAGCGGACUGUUUCGACUCGGACGAGUUGCAGCUCGCCCAGGGGAUCCUGGACCGCCUGAACCAACGGCUACGAUCUUCCUCCCCGUCGAAACCCGUCGGGAAACCGCUCCAGCGUGCGGCGGUUUAUUUCAGGGACGCCCUCCAGUCCAUCCUCAACGGCUCAGAUUCAGCGGCUCACAAUCAGCUCUCGUCCUGGUCCGAAAUCGUCCAGACCAUCCGCGCCUACAAGGUCUUUUGUGGAAUUUCACCAGUCCCAAUGUUCUCCCACUUCACGACCAACCAAGCCCUCCUGGAAGGCCUCAGCUGCUCCGCCUUCAUCCACGUCGUCGACUUCGACAUCGGCUUCGGCGGCCAGUACGCUUCCCUGAUGAAAGAGCUCGCUGAGAAAGCUGACGUGGCUGGCCGAACCAGCCCAGUCCCACAGGUGCUCCGCAUCACCGCUGUCGUGCCCGAGGAGUACGCAGGCGAAACCCGGCUGGUCAAGGAGAACCUCUCCCAGUUCGCUCAGGAUCUCAAGAUCAGGUUCCAGGUAGAGUUCGUCCCCGUCCGUACGUUCGAGACGAUGUCCUUUAAGGCUGUCAAGUUCAUGGAUGGAGAGAAAACGGCGGGGCUGAAACCGGCGGUUCUGCUCUCGCCGUACAUCCUGCGCCGCCUCUGCUCUCAGAACAACAUUUCCGCUUUUCUUGGCGACAUGCGGCGGUUGUCGCCAAGCGUCGUGGUGUUUGUCGACGCCGACGGGAUGGGGGACUCCGCAACGACGUCUUUCAGGAGGAACUUUGUCUCCAGCCUCGAAUUUUUCUCCGUUAUGCUGGAGUCGCUCGACGCGGCCACGGCGGCUUCCAGCGAAGUGAUGAAGAAGAUUGAGACGUUUUUGCUGCGGCCGAAGAUUCAGGCGGCGGUGGAGGCGGCGGGGAGGAGGGUACCACCGUGGCGGGAAGCGUUUCGCGGGGCGGGGAUGAGGGCCGUGGAGCUGAGCCAGUUUGCGGACUUUCAGGCCCAGUGCUUGCUGGGGAAGGUCCAGGUCAGGGGGUUCCACGUGGCGAAACGGCAGGCCGAGUUGGUGCUUUGCUGGCACGAGAAAGCCCUGGUUGCCACGUCGGCAUGGAGGUGUAAUUAGGGCAGCUAAUUAUGGUUUUGCAGCUACCUAGCUGGCUAGAACUAGCUAAUAAUUAAGUAGUUAUUUUACUUGAUUAUAGUCUAUACUCUUACUCUUUAACUAUUGGGGGUUUGGGGUGUAAUUAUGUUUUAAGUGUUAAGUUAAUGAUCCCGACCAAUUUGUUUUGUUGGAUUUGGGACUAGUUUUCUC